CUUCAUAUCACAUGAUGUUUCUCUCGAAAUCGUAGUGGCCGAAAGUACACUGGGUUACACUUUAUCCAUUUGAAGAGUGCUUCUCUUUGUAUGGCCUGACAAGUUUCUCAAGUCCUCACAGACGGUCUCUCGAAUUGCUGAAUUGAACAUUAAUUCCAACAUGACAACACGCAUGAGAGGUGGCGGUCCUUCGAGUCGGCUCGACUCCCACGGCUCGCGGACAAUGACGAUUAACGAAACACCAACGUCUGAACAAGAAAAUGACAAUGGCGAAGGCUCAUCGCAGGGACCUACCGUGGGCAGACUCAUCUUGAGGGGGGCUGGCGGCGAAGCUGGGCGGAUACGACCGCGCAGUGGCAGACGAGUCGUUUGGACCGAGGGAACCAUCGAUAAUGAAGGGAUGGGAAAGAAGAAGAGCAAGCUCUGCUGCAUUUAUCACAAGCCGCGAGCAUUCGACGAGUCAUCCUCGUCCGACUCGUCCUCCGGCUCAGACCACUCGAGUUCUGAUGAUGACACAGACUCAGCUAGCGAGACAUCAUCAACUAGCUCGGGAUACUCAGGAGUCCACUUGAGCGCAAAAAGCAAAGCGAAGCGAGCGAUAUCGCACUCAGAAGCACAAAAGACUCGCAGUGAGGAGGGGCACACGCAGGACGAAUGCGGGCAUAAUCACCAUCCCCAAAGACAUCGCCACGGACGAGACAAGGUUAAAUAUAAAGGCGAAAAGGCUAAAAGCGGACGGUCUCGGCGAUCGCGUGCAGUGACGGUGACCGAAGAGGCGCAGGAAGAGAAGUCAGAAGGCACUAUCGACCAAUUCAAGCGAAAUAAGUACGAACGUGGAGUUGCAUAGGGCAUCAAGGCCGUAACUGGCGGCGCUGAGCUUUGGCGCUUAAUAUGCAUGGAAACUUGCAACCCGAUGACUGCACGCUCAGUCCGCCAUUUCUACCGGGUAUCUCUGAGUGACGUGCUGCAUGCAGCAUUUCUACUAGUGAUCGGCAUCCGUGCCGAAGCUGUUGUAUUGAUGCAUGAUGCGAUGGCCUGU